UUUUCAGCCAUUAAUCCUGAGAGAAUUAUCGGAAAUAGAAAAGGGACUAGGGUUUAGCCGUUUCUCCGAUUAAACCUCCGACAUGGUGGAAGCGGCGAGUGCGGAAGCUUCCGGCGAAGGGAAUGGAUCGAGAAGCAUACUCUCGCAGAAGAGACCACGUUCUUCGAUAUCUCCCUGUGAUGGAGCGAAGAGAGUGGGAACAGAUGAUAAGCGACUCUCGACGAUGCUGCUCGAUCUAAAUAUCCUCGAAUGUCCCAUUUGUUUCGAAACAUUGACGAUUCCUAUCUUCCAGUGUGAUAAUGGGCAUUUGGCUUGCUCUUCUUGCUGUGCCAAACUGAGUGAUAAAUGCCCUUCUUGUGCUUCGCCUAUUGGCCACAUUCGCUGCAGAGCAAUGGAGAGUGUUCUUGACUCCAUCUUUGUCCCAUGCCCAAAUGCAAAGUUUGGAUGCACCAAGAAAGUCUCUUACGGAAAAGAAUCAGCCCAUGAGAAGGAAUGCGCCUUCUCUCGUUGCUCCUGCCCUGAGCUAGACUGCAAUUACACUGGACUAUACGAGGAUCUCUACGAUCACUAUCUCUACGAUCACAAUUACAUAACUUCUUAUCCAGCAAUUGUUAACUUUUGCCGUCUUGGCAAUUCCUUUUGUGCCCAGAUGAACAUCAGUGAUAAGAUAUCAAUUAAAGUGGAUACUACAACGUCUCGAUUGUUUGCAGUGCAGUGUUUUAGGGAGCCGUAUGGUGUUUAUGUAACAGUAAGCUGCAUUGCACCAUCUGCUCCAGAAGUAGGAGAGUUCUCAUAUCAGAUCUCCUACACUAGUGCCGAUGGACACACUAUGACUUAUGAAUCACCAGAGGUGAAGAGGAUUCGUGAAGUGAGUUUUGAAACCCCUCAGGAGAAUUCCAUGUUGUUGAUCCCUCGCAGUUGCUUAAGUGGUGACUCGUUGAAGAUGAAGAUUUGCAUCAAGAAGUUGAAGAAAGAGUAAGAAGGUUGGAGUGAUCUAGAAGAAGGCCCUUUUAAUACUGAGUGUCUAUCUAUCUCGUCCGCAUUUUGUCGUUAAUAUGUAAGUUUUAGUUGCUAAGAUCAGAUCUAGUUGCUCGAUGUAAGUUUUUGUCCUGGCGAGCUAAGAUCAGAAGUUGCUUUACGGCUUUAAUUCUACAAAGGUUUCAGUUUAGACUGGAUUUUAUAUGCUCAGAGAAGAGCUAUGCUUAAUGAGGAAG